AUGUGUUCGUCCAAAUUUGUUGUGUGUUUUUUGCUGAUUUCCGUUAGCGCUGAGUUAGUCCCGUUCGAUAUCGAUGCAAUGGGACCCGGAGAAUCAAGAGGAUCAAAAACGACGCCGCCCCGGAAGCGGGAUAGUCCCAGCGCCUCAGACUUUCAAUUCAUGAUUACGGGUGGCUAUCGGCCCCACACAAAUGAUCUGGUUAAGUACGUAGUUUCGCUGCGAAUGGGAAAGUCGAAGAAGUUCUUCGGGGACAAUCACUUUUGCGCGGGAGCGAUCAUCAGCCAGCGGUCAAUCCUAACGGCGGCCCACUGCCUGUAUCAUGAUCGUCGCAAGCUGAUGGCCAAGAAGUUAACGGUCAUAGCUGGUACGCCAAAAAGGCUGGUGAGAAGUAGUACCACACAGAGUGUCCAAGCGAAGAGGCUUAUUCCGCACCCCAAGUACAAGAAGGGAAAAUCGCAAAAAUUUGACAUCGGACUGGUGUUGAUGAAGGAGGAUCUGAGCUUGGGGGAUGCCGUCGCCAGCAUGCCUCUGUAUGACAAGGCACCGGUGGCCGGGGUCCAGUGCACCAUCGUCGGCUGGGGCACGGUCAUACAGUACGGGCCACUCCCCGAUGAAGUCAUCAACGGCGAUGUUAAAGUCUUGCCAGACACCUUCUGCCAGAAGCUCCUAGGCUGGACCAAGGUGGGUAUGCUAUGCGCCAAUGACCAGAGCAACACCGAAGUGGACAGCUGCCAAGGCGAUUCGGGCGGCCCGCUUAUUUGUGACAAUAAGGUGGCCGGCGUCGUGUCCUUCGGCACGGGUUGCGGUGAGCCCGACUCGGCCGGAGUCUACACCGACGUCUACCAUUUCCGGGAUUGGAUCAACGAAAACUCAUGCCCUCGAGUCUCGAGUCCGGUGUCCACACUAUUAAUUCUAAUGCAGCUUCUGCUGGCCUUUCUUGCCAUUUUCAGGGGUAUAUGGUAGCGCCUGCCCUUUUUGCGAUUCAUUCAACAGGCGGUCGACGCGCCGGGAAAAGCAGCAAGUGCUACUAAGUAAUCGCGGCUAUUAUCCUGCAAGCCUGGAGUCUGUGGACGACAAACCAAAAUCGACUGAAACCAGCGGGCAUGGCCUGUCAUCCAUGACCGGGAAGGCGGCCAGCAAUGGCGGUGGACAUACUGGGACAUAAUGGGAGGCUGGUGGCAAAAGGCGAAAUGUGGUGCACGCCGCGCCAUUACCCGCGCACACAUGCACACACACGAACUUCCCGUGUGAGCUGGGUGAGACAACGGUUUAUGGUUACGCUGAAGCUGCGCUGCCAGUGGAUUCACUGUUUGUGACAGCAAUUAUCGCAUCACAGCCGAGGUUGUGAGCACCGAGAAAAUUAUGCAACAAUUCGGAACGGUUAAUUUGGGGCGCUCACCAACUGUUGAUUAGACCAAUUAGGGGCAGCAGUGGCCUCGUCCAGAUUAUAAGGAACUCUGCGCCAGUAAAAUGGGCUCGAUUUUCCUGAUGCCGCAUUGCGUUUGGGAUGCACGGUGACCGUGAGUCUAAAUUUCUGGUCUCUGCAAUAUGGAUCCCCACAUCCAGCUUCUGUCGAAUCUCGGAUAGAAAUCAGUGCGGAAGCAUGUUGAUUUGAUAUCAGCAAUGCAAUUAGUAAUCGCAGACGCACACUCCAAUCACUUACACAUACGGUUGAAAAAGCCAGGACCAACUAGAGGGCUGAGACCUCAGCAACACAAGUCACGAACAUGUCCCUAGCGAGGGAUGCUCCGUGCUCCAGGCUUCAGGCAAGCUUCCAUUGCGGAACAGUCCCGGUGACAGACGACAUGCAGGCGACAAAACAAUGUUGAAUUGAUGUGGGACUCUGAGCGAUCCCCCCGACCAAGAACACCCAGACAUAUAUUCACAGACAUUCGCAAUCAAGUUUGUCAUUUCACAGCCGCAUUGUGUGCUGUUCAAGUGUUCAUAAUGAAUUUAAUCGCGUAUGUUUAUUGCUCACUUUGCCAUGGCUCUGCUCCGUCCUGCUGCGUCCUGCUGCGUCCUGCCCAACAAGUUGUUAUUUUUUAGCCUCUACGCCAGCGGAGUCGACACUUUAUCAUUUUGUCACGCUUCUUGUUUACCAAGUUGGCUCGUCAGCGCCCCGUUCUUCUGCAUAUUGAUUCAGCAUUGUGUUUCCGCUGUCCCGACACACGCACACGCUAGUUCUGUGUCCGUUUGUGUAGCCAAGUCCCUGGCGUGUCCUGCUCCCUUUUUGCGUUUACAGCAGUAAAUUGUUUGCAUAUAUUAGACACA